AAGACAACGUCACAUCAAGGCUGGGACCUGGACGAGAAUAAAAGGGAUACGUGAGUGAGAACCCGACAUGCCAUGCCAUGCCAAGUAGACUUCGUGUUCAACCCCCGGAGUCCCAACAAGCGUGCGAUGGCGCCUAAAGAUAGACUGGCUCACGUGUUCGCGAGGGAGUGGUUGUGGCUGCCUGAGGCCAACACUUUGUUUUCAACCCAGGAAGCAUGAAAGACGAGAGGUAAGGUUGCAGGCUAAGGCUAACCCUUGUUUUAAGACGUACGAAGUACCGCACCCGGGAUAAGGCGAGACUGACUGCUGCUGUCGUGUCACGUCCCCACCACGCAGAUCCAUGCGCGUGCUUGGUCACAUGCGUCCCUAUGCUUCAUGCCAGCCAUCUGGCUGCUGGGUCGCUGGGUCGCUGACUGCCAUCAUCAUCAUGCCUGUCAUCUGUGGGCUGCGAUCUGGCACCUGCCACACGCCAGCCCAACGCCAGCCAUCCCACUCGCACCGGACAGCCCUGGCAGCCUUGCCCUCAUCUCGUUGGCCUCAACAUGGCGUUCGGAAUCCCGACUUACCCACAAAACCCACUUCCAUCACGGCUCGCUCGCUCGCUGGCGCGGUCCACAAUCCUUCGCCUCAACUUCAAGCUGAAGUCACGGGGGAUGGAUGGAUCACGGCGACAUGCGAAACAAAGCAAAACGCAAGCCAAGGUCCUUCGGCGUCCCACGAGUGCCAGCGAUGCCGCAGCCAGUGCCUGGUGGAGCAGAUGCAAUGCCCACGUAGCCGACUGCUUGCAUCGGCGUCAGGCCAUGCUGUCGUCGAGAUGAUGGAUGCCUUCAAGCUUUUGCCGGGGAGGGCUCUGCUCCUGUCCGGAUCGCCCCCCUUCCGUCGAGGACGUCGUGAGCGCCCAACUUGCCCAACGGCCAAGCCUCAGUUGCGGCUCUGGACGAUCACCGCCAGUUGCGUCGCCUUGAAGUUUCUCGCAUUUGAGCCUGGUGGUGUGCCGCGUCCGUCGAUGUGUUGUUGAACUUUGUCCGGUGAGUACGAGGAGGUGGUGGUGGGCAUCAAUCCGGGGGCGGUUGGGUGCUAUUAGCUGGCAUCGCCUUAGGCCCCUUGGUGCCCGACUCUGAUCUCAGUCCCGCCAUUGACCGCUCCUCGUCGUUCCGG